AUGGACUAUAGUAGUGAUGAUUCAAUGGACGAUCCCGAUUUCUGUCCCAGUAUAGAAAGUUAUGACGAUUCAAGCGAAUCAGAUAGUGGAAAUGAAGCUUGGAAUCCACCACCUACAUCAAGACGAAUUUCAACAUUUUCAGAGGAUCUGCCUGCACUGCCAGAUAUACAGAGACGAAGAACUCCACGUUCAAAAACAAUGCCACCAGACGAUACAGUUAAUCUUCCAAGUACUUCUGGAGCCACCUCAACAGAGAUAUCAGAGUCUGAAUGGGUCAAACAAAAAAUUGAAAACCUAGAAUGGGUUAUGCCAACUGCAGAUGAUCCAGAACAGAUACCGUACACUGUGCCUUUUUCAGGAAUGAAAGACAUUUAUACGGGUAUCUUGGCAAAUGCAAACCCUAUUGAUUACUUUGAUCUUUUUCUGACAAGAGACAUUGUGGAGCACAUUGUUGAACAAACUAAUCUUUUUGCUACACAGAACCUAUUAGAUAACAACGACGUAGGUCCCCAAGCUCGAGCGCAUUCUUGGUAUCCAGUCACUGUCGACGAAAUGCUCAAAUUUUUGGCAUUAAUUGGUUGGAUGGGCUUAGUGAAACUGCCUGCAAUAAAAGAUUAUUGGAGAGUACAUAAACUUUAUGGACUUCCAUUGGCAAGAACAGUCAUGCCAAGAAAUCGCUUUGAGCUAAUAUUGAAAUACAUACAUUUUUCGGAUAACACUGAAGCAGAUACUGAGGACAGAUUGUGCAAAAUUAGAGAUGUACUUGAUAAAUUUAUUGAGAAUUAUAAGAAAAUGUACACCCCAGGCGAAGACAUCUGCGUCGACGAAUCUCUCAUUCCUUGGCGCGGUAGAUUGAUAUUUCGCCAAUAUAUACCUAAUAAAGCAGCGAAAUAUGGUAUCAAGGUGUUCAAGCUCUGCACUGAAAAGGGUUACACCUGGAAUUUAUAUGUAUAUUGCGGAAAAUCGAAAGAAAAAGACGUCGAUGUUUCGGAAAAAACGGUUAUGACUCUUGCGCAAGGUCUUCUUGACGAGGGAAGAACUAUUUAUACCGAUAAUUAUUACACAAGCGUCCCGCUAGCAUACAGACUACGACGCCGAAAAACCCACCUUGUUGGUACCCUCAGAUCCAACCGAAAACAUCUACCAAAAGAUGUCAUUGCUGCGAAAUUGAAAAGAGGGGAAAUGAGCUGUAAGCAAACUAAAGAUGGCAUUGUAGUCUUGAAAUGGCGCGAUAAACGGGAUGUGAGAAUGCUCACAACAAAAACAUCUGGUCUCAAGACAGAGGUCACCCAAACUAGAAAAAGGACACCUAUUAUCAGGCCAGUAACCAUCAGUAACUAUAACAGCGGCAAAACAUCUAUUGAUAUUAGCGACCAAAUGGCCACAUAUGGCAGUGCUUUGAGGCGUUGUACUAAAUGGUACCGAAAGCUGUUCAUUGAGGUACUAUGGGGAACAAGCCUAGUCAAUGCCCAUUUUCUCUAUAACAAAUAUUCUACCAAAAAGAAACUAACCAUCACGGAAUUUCGAGAACAAGUUAUCACAGGACUACUUGAUAGACAUUCUCAGCCCUGUGUAACUGAACCCGGACCAUCUACUUCGAUGCCAAGAAGAGCCUCAGGAAAUGUGAAACACUAUCUUGUAAAGAAUAAAGUUGGAGAAAAGGCAGUUCGCGGGCGUUGUUCAGAAUGCUACAAAAAGUACGGAAGGAAAGGAAUCGAAGUAAAUGGCAAAGUAGUACGAGCGUCACAAGUUAACACAAAGUGUUCUGUUUGUGAUGUAAUUAUUUGCAAAACUUGUUUCAAUAAUACGCAUUGA